CGAUCUAGUAGUAGUAUAGAUAUCUGUGCCUGGCAGUGAAUUUCGGAACACGAAACAUUAUAAUGUUCUUUUUAUAAAAAGAAAAUUGGGGAUGUUGAUAAAAAAAUGUUUUAUGUUGGUAUCAUUGAGCAAAUGCAAAAAUAGUGGUGUGUCUACUGUAUAACAAAGUCCGUGCUUGACAUAUAACCUAAAUGAAAAGUAGCAAGUUGUUAAAUAUUACCAUCGAAUUAAUACAAUGUUAUCAUCGAAUAUGAUUACUGUUGGAGCCAUACUUCGUGUAGAGCGAUAUUUAAAUUAUAUUGUGAUUAAUGGAUUUCAUCAAUCUUGCGCGCGAUAUUUGAACCAGAGAUGGAGAGAAAAACGUGGAUUAACAGUCAAUCCAAAUGCUUUUAGCCCAUUGACUAAUUUACCAGAUUAUACAUUUAAAGAUGGAAAACCUACACCUCUUGGAAUAAGACAAAAAGCACGCUUAGAUAGACAACGUAAUUAUGCGGCAAGAAUUAUCAAAUUAGUAGCAGAGAUAGAUUAUGCUGUUGAGAGGCAUGCUAAAAUGCAGGAAGUAGAAAAACAAAGAAGACAACAAAUUCUUGAUAAUAAAUUGAAACCCAAAGGAGAUUUAUUGUUUAAGAAGCAGAUGGAUAAAAUAAAAAAUUAACGUGUGUGUGUAUGUAAAAAAAAUAAUAUACUUAUAUAAAUGUUAUUGUAUAUGAUUAUGUUUAGCUUUCAUCUUUUUAUUCUUACGAUCGAAAAUCGAUGCAAGGAUCAAUAAAACAAUCGUGAAGAAAAUA